AUGAUUUAUGCUGGGCGGGGGCCCCAAAACCAAGCUAUCUGCAAUGCAGUCGGUCAGCUUCUGCUGCACAGCUGCCCUUUCCCCACGUCUAUGAACAGAAUACAUGAAGGCAGAGCUCAAAUUAGUUCUUUAAUAACAUCAAAAUUUAAAAGAGUAAUGGCUGUAUCUAAAAAAAACAACCCCACACAAUUCAUGCAAAUAAGCCAAGGGCACAGAACAAGCGUCUUCUGCUUGCUGAACAGACAUUUCUCUCAUCCACCAAAGGUCACCACACCUACAGAGAAAAAGUUCUUUUCUGACUUGCAUCACCUCCAUUAA